UUAAGGGCCGUGACCGGCGCUGCCCCGCGCUCGGGCGGGCCAUGGAGGUGGCACGGGAUUGCGUGGGAUCGCUGCUGCGAUCUUUCAUAUCCAUGGGAGCAUCAGUAGGAGCGGUAACAAAACAGACCCUGUUCCCUCCUCUCAUGCCCGCAGGGCGCCCUUUCCGUGUGUCCAACGCCUCCCGAAGCAGCAGGAAGGGAAUUGUUGCCAGCAGCCUGCAGGAGCUCCUCAGCAAGACUUUGGACGCCUUUGUUAUAACUGCUGGAAUAGUUACUCUGGUUUUGGAGGAAGAUGGCACAGUUGUGGACACAGAAGAGUUCUUCAAGUCCCUGGAUGACAAUACACACUUCAUGGUUCUAGAAAAUGGACAGAAAUGGACCCCAACAAAAAAUGGAGUUGUGGCUGUGAGAAAAAAGAAGAAAAUGGGAGUAGCUAACAUCACAUUUGACCUGUACAAACUGAACCCUAAGGAUUUUAUUGGCUGCUUAAACAUCAAGGCAACCUUCUAUGAGAUCUACUCUAUCUCAUAUGACAUCAAAUGCAUGGGAGCCAAAAGUGUAUUACGGAAAGUGCUUCAGCUACUAUCCCAUGCAGCACAAAUAACUGGACAGUUUCUGCUCUACACUGGAACAUACAUGCUGCAGUUGAUGGGUGAAUAUGAUGAAGAAGAAAUGUGCAUGAGAUCCAGGCGGGAGUAGUGACCACAGCUGCGCUCCUGGUGUCGAAUCCUUUGCUCACAGCCAUUGUCCUGCCCAGCUCUGAUUGUAACAGUGUUAUAGCAGGGGUGUGCACUAAUGUGAACUAACAUUUAUCCUGUUUGGGGGUGCUUGUAGGCCUUAGUCAUGAAGUGUUGGGUGUUCACAGGCUCUUAACACCGCAAAAAGAUGGGUGUCUAAUCUGGCAAGAGGAGAGAGAGGGCAGGUUUUUGUUCCAGACAUUCAAAAUUAAGAAGAAGUAUACUUGGAAACUUUAAUGCUUUGUAACCAAUGGAAUAUUUUUUGCACCAAUCAGGACAUUGGGGUUUUUGUGUAGUUAUUUUUUUGUUUUUCAUGGCUAUCUAUUUGCAUUAUGAACAGACUGGGCUGUAAGGUGAGGGCAUGGAGGGGACUAUGGGGUUUGUUUGUUUAUUUGUUAGUUUUAAUCCUUAACAGUGCUGGGAUUAGUGUGAGGCUGACAUUGAGGUGAAGUGUACCUAUUUACUCCUGCUGACAAUGGAACUACUUAGUGCAACUUCAGUCUUACUUCAGUGACUGACUCUUCUCAUGAAGUCUAAUUGGAGAUUGUGCAAUCACUAAGCAGAAGGUUAAAAUUUAGCUUUACAUCCCUUAAAAACAAAUAAAUCCUUUUCAUUAUAGUUCUUGAUAUCUCUUUUCCAAAUCUUCAGGAUGUUUGGGUUAUUACAGCUCACACAGUGGAAGAACCUGAUACAUUUUCUUAAUGAAUCUGAUGCCCAGUUCUGCCUGAGCAUUGAAUAAUCUGCUGUAAUUUUGUGAACAUGGCUUAUAAACAACCUGCUGAAGCUUUUUUUCCGGGUUUAAAACCACCACUUCUGCAGUUUUUACUGUUACAAGAUGACACUAAGUGUCAACUUGGGUUUGAGGUACAUGUAAGAGAUGCUGGAUAUCUUGUUACCCUUGGGUUCAGGGGAGAGCAGCAGGACACUGUCUAGUCUGGAGUAACAUAACAUACAUGUAUGCUCUAAAGUGAGUAUUUGUGGGAUUAUGAUCUCUCAAAACAAGCUGUAUUAGAGGACAAAGUAAUGCUUCCUGCAGUUUAUUGAACUGUUGCUGUGCCCAGCUUUCAGUAAGCUUUUCCUCAACAAUGUGGAAAAGUGGAGAACAAGUACCCUUGGGCAUCUUGUGUCAAAAUGCAGACUCAUGUUGGUGAAGGAAAAAAGCCCAAUUGUGGUUGUUCACAGGUGUAGCUUUUGAGGUUGUUGUUUGCUUGCACAUGAACUUCAGGAAGGCUGAAAGCUGUUAAGGUGACAUCAGAUGCAGGAAAUGUCUGUCCUGACAGUAGGUGCCACCUAGUAAGAGAAGCUCUCGUUGAGAGGGAACAAGUAGGGCACAGAAAUCCGUGGGAGUGAAAGGGAGAAGACCACUGUGGACCCCACGGUUGUUGCCAUGCCUCUGAGACAGGAAUCCAUUAACUGUGUGCACCAACUGCACUGACCUCAUCUACUAAAAGAGAAGCAGAAAGGUGCAAAAGAUGAAGUAUCAUGGUUGGUGGUGUCUAUUCUGACCUCUUAACUGGGUCUGUUCACUCCAAAGGUCACUGGUACACAGGAAAUUGCUCUUGCCUUUAGCUGCAAAUCUCACCUCCAUGUGCUUAUUUUUUCCUUCCCACUGUGAGUGUGGCUGUGCCAGUUGGAGCUGCAUCUUUCAGAUCACUGCUGAGAGGAAAGGCAGCCUAAACCCACGUGCUAAAGGGACCGAUGGAUACAAUUUUGGUCAGUUUCUGCCCAUCUCUUAAGUGAUGUAUUACAAAUAAAUAGACAGCUAAGAAAAGCUUUGUCUUUUUUUCCUUAUUCCUGUUGUUUCCCAUCUACUUCUGAGCAUUUGCUGGAGGAGGCAGAGGGCAUACUGCUCCAGAUAAGGGGAGGACUUGUUCUUUCCUAAUUUCUCACAGGAGAAAAUGCCUGGAACCUGCAGCACUGUCAGGUGUCCUUCAGAAUAAAACAAUAAACUAUUCUGGGAGUAAUGAGAACGCUUCCAUUCUGAUAUAACCUCUUUGUUUUAUCUGUAUUUUUCUUGACACCCUCUGCAUAAAUGAUUGUUGCCAUGCUAAUAGUUGGCCAAAGUCUUUCCUUUCCCUGUCAAGGAAUUCAUUUAACUGACUUUACAAGGACACAGUAAUUAAUUUUUUUGCUUUUAAGGACCACUUAUUCUAUUAAAACAAGCACACCUCUUGAAAGCAAAUUCUCUUAAAUGCUUCUAUGAGUAUUUAUGUUGCCUAUGGUGGGAGCACCAGCAUUAAAAGAAGGUAGAACAACCAGAAUAGCUCAUUGUUGCUUUGUUUGAAUUGCUUCUUCAGCAUCUGUAGGACAAAAGCUUGUGCAUGUCUGAAUAGUGCAGAUCCCAAAUUCCAGCCUUCUUUAGCCAGAGGCAAUUGUUAGAGAACUAACACACCACAGUUUACAGUGGCACUAUCUGGGAAUCCAGCAGUGCUCUGAAAAGCUAACUGCUAUGAAUGUGCAGUGUUUUUAAGCAGCUGCUCCUUGAACAGCUUAGCACUUAAAACUUGAGCUGCUGAAGUUCCUGUGUGCAGCAGUCUCCAUCUUGGAGCAAUUCCCUCUGUUCAGCUGUUUGCAUUUUGCAUUAAAGUAGCUCAGCUUUGUUAAUUUCUCAAAAUGGGAGGAGUGUCCUGGAAGUUGUGUCUAAAAUUGUUUCAUUGCAUCUGGAUCUUUCACAGGCUUAGUAUUUGGAGGUGAUGUUUUCUGCUGUACCAGCUUCUUUCUGGAAAUAAAAUUUUGGCUUUGAGUCAAACUGGAGGAGUUUGUCAUUCAGUGAGUUGGAACUAGUUUGAUUUGAUUUUUUUUUUUUUUUUACAGCAUGCUUAAGAAGAAUAGCUUUUACUUCAGCUGUAUAUUGUAUGCAAUACAGAAAAACUUUUGCAUUAUCUACCUUUUAGAAAACUCUAUACAAGUGCUGUACAUUAUCUAGCAAGACAGAAAAACUGAAUACACGGGCUUUUUACUGCAGGAAUGUGGAGAAGCAGCUAGAUUUUUCCACUUGGCAUUUUUAGCUUUACUUUUAUUUCCCAUAAAUCAGUUAACCUGCACCUGUUGCUGCUGCAGACAAGGCUGGGAGCAGUGAUGUGCAGGAGGUGUGGAACACGUUUGCUGCCUCCUUGUUUCACUGACCCUUUUUGCCUGUUGCUUUGCAUCACUUACUAACAAUGCACCAAGUCCUACUCUCUGGUGACCAAAAAAGGAAUUUUCACUGAAGUAAGAGACCUUGUUGACUCAGGCACAGCUCAUGUUCUGCAAACAGAGCAAAGUUGCUUUCUUCUUUACCAGAAUGAAGAAUCUAGUAGCUUUCAUCUGUGUGCAGUUUAUCAUUACUUCAUUUCCUUCCUUUCAUAAACCCCUGGAAGUUUUCUUGCACCUUCCAAUUCUUUCUGGAGAAAGCCUUUCUGUGCAGGGAGAGAGGAAAAGCCAUGGUCUAAAUUCCUGAACUCUUUUGAAAUAUGCUGUAGGAAACAUUAUGAAUCCCUUCCCUACAGAGGAGGGAAGAUAAAAGCAGGAAUAUUAGAAUUUGAACUGCAAUUUUUUUCAGUGAAGUGUGCAGAGAGGUAGGUAUUCACAAUUUUGGAAAUGCUGGUAUUUCUGAAUAUGGAAUGUGAAGAAAACCUCAUAUGGUAAUUCCUAACUGGCAGAAAUAUAAUUCUCAAUCAUUUCAGUGUGCUUCUUCCCUGAAAAUCGCGUUUGAACUAAAGGCACAAGCUACUUAAUUGAAAGUAAAAAAAAAAAGUUUACCACCAAAGUACAAAGCAUAUUUUUGACUUGAUGCCCAAGGUUUUUUAGAGGUCUUAUUGUGAUUAACAUACCACUUCAGUUAUGUAUCAGCAAGUAUCCUUGUGGGGCUUAGAGUUUAUCACAGCUUUCUCAUUGUCAUAUAUGUAGCUAAGAUAUUUUCAAGAGUAAAGAUUGUUGUUUUGAUAAGGGAAAAUAUAGUGUUUUCCUACUUCACAAUUUUUAAUCUCAGUAGUUUAGCUUGCUGUGAAAACUGAGAUAGGUGAAAAUUGCAUUCAGUGAUGUCAAUAUUUUCUGCUGUGUGGUGCCAAUUUUAAGGAACAUCGUUCAUUAAUAAAUCAAAUCAUGUAGUGGCUUUG